CACAAUUUUCUUUUCUCCCUUUUCCCUUCUCCUUUUUCUUCUCUAUUCCUCUUGAUACCCCAAUAUCCCUAUUACUCUCCUAAUUCUUUUCUCAUUUUACCCCUAUUAUCAUCACCGCCACGUGUCCUCUAUUCCUCUCUCAUUUCUCUCCCCACUUGUUCGCACAUUCUCCGUGUAUCCCAGCUGUCGACUGCGUCGCGAUCCCUGCUGGAAGGCCUGUUUAGUGCCUCUGAUCAUCCCAAUAAUCCUUCUACCCCGUCUGUUGUUUUAUUAUAACGACUUAUAUUUAAUUUCUUAUUCCCCAUUUGUAAUAAUAUCCCCCCCUUGACCAUCAUGGUUUCCCCGUUGAGCGUCAUCUACUACACAUUCCACCCCAACGAGUUGAGGAAUAUCUUACAAUGGAAAGUCUGGCACAAUCCUGUCCAUGAGCGUAAUGUGGCCAAUGAGACGGAGACCCAGAAGACGUGCUUCAAGUUCCUCGAUUUGACCAGUCGGAGCUUCAGCGCGGUCAUCAAGGAGUUGCACCCGGAGUUGCUGUUGCCCGUGUGUAUCUUCUACCUGACGCUGCGCGGGUUGGACACCAUCGAGGAUGACACCUCAAUACCCCUGGAGACCAAGGAGCCGCUCCUGCGGAACUUCAAGGACUUCCUCGAGCAGGAUGGCUGGAAUUUCACCGGGAACCGUCCCGAGGAGAAGGACCGUGAGCUGCUGGUUCAGUUUCACAAUGUCGUCACCGAGUUCAAGAACAUGAAGCCGGCCUAUCAGGCCAUUGUCAAGGACAUCACCGACAAGAUGGGCAACGGCAUGGCCGACUACUGCCGGAAGGCUGCCCUCGAUGAUGCGAGCGUCAAGACCACCGUGGAGUACGACCUCUACUGCUACUACGUCGCCGGUCUGGUGGGCGAGGGGCUGACCCGCCUCUUUGUCGAGGCCGAGUUUGGCAACCCGGCCUUGCUCAAGCGGUCUCAGCUGCACAAGUCGAUGGGCUUGUUCCUGCAGAAGACCAACAUCAUCCGUGACGUGCGGGAGGACAAUGACGAUCAGCGACGGUUCUGGCCCAAAGAGAUUUGGUCCAAGCACGUCAAUGACUUCGACGAUUUGUUCAAGCCGGAGCACCGCGAGGCGGCGCUGAACUGCAGCUCGGAGAUGGUCUUGAACGCGCUGGAGCACUCGGAGGACUGUCUGUUCUAUCUGGCUGGCCUGCGUGAGCAGAGUGUGUUCAACUUCUGUGCCAUCCCGCAGUCCAUGGCGAUCGCCACACUGGAAAAGUGCUUCCGCAACCCGGCCAUCUUCGAGCGCAACGUGAAGAUUACCAAGGGUGACGCUUGCGAGCUGAUGAGCAAGUCGACGCAGAAUCUGCGGAUCGUCUGCGAGGUCUUCCGCCGAUAUGCGCGCAAGAUUCACGCGAAGAACACGCCCAAGGACCCCAAUUUCCUGAAGAUCAGCAUGGCUUGCGGACGUAUUGAGAAAUUCAUCGAGACUAUCUUCCCGUCUCAAAACGCCCAAGACGCCAAGCUGCUAGUCAAGGGCGAGCUGUCAGAAGCCGACCAGAAGAAGGCGCAAGAGGAAGCGGAGACGCGCCAGGACCUGUAUUUCAUGAUGUGCCUGAUGGGUACCAUUGUGCUUGUUAUCUCGGUCAUGAUGUUUGGUGUUGCCUGGUACUUCGGUGCUCGAUUCGACCUUGCCUUCAAGGAGCUCCUCAACGGGAAUUUCCAGAAGCCCGCACAUAUUGGUGAAGUGCGAGACGAGCUGUAAUGUUACGGAGCUAUGAUAUGUGGCAUUUACGUUCAGGGGUCUGUACAUGUAGUAUAUUUUAUACCACCCAUCCAUGCCAUACUAAUUUCCUCGCCCUUCCCUUCCCUUUUCUUUUCUCUUGACCAACUCUGGUCGUUGCCUCUGCCCGCUAGCACGGAUGUCAAAUUGCUAUCCAGUCCUCUUUAUGACUGUGGUUGUGCCGAAGAAGUGCUGAAAUUGAAGUCUCCAGCGACGUACUAGAUUUAUGUCUUGCAUCAUUAACUUGAUGCCAUGUCAUACAUCCAUUGAAGGAACUGGAACAUACGUAAUUCACUGUAGAAAUUGAAUGAAUUGAUU